CCAAUGCAAUAAAAUUUUGCAAAAAAAGAAAAAAAAAGGUUGAAAGAAGACUAGAAGAGCUGGAGUGACGCCGAAGAAAUCAGGCACCAUUUUUAUUAGUUUCUUGUGUUGUUGAGCAAAAGCAUUUUGCACAAACAAAACAAUCUCUCUUCACUUUCAGUCUUUCAGUGAAGAGCAAUUUGAUUUUUAUUUUGAGCAACCUAAUCCCCGAUGUCGAUCUUCGAGUACAAUGGGAGUGCACUGAUCGCAAUGGUGGGCAAGAACUGCUUCGCCAUAGCCAGCGAUCGGCGCCUCGGUGUUCAGCUCCAGACCGUCGCCACCGACUUCAAGAGAAUCAACCAAGUCCACGAUAGGCUCUUCAUCGGCAUCUCUGGCCUCGCCACCGAUGCUCAGACUCUGUAUCAGAGGCUUAUGUUUCGCCACAAGCUGUACCAGCUGAGGGAGGAGCGGGAUAUGAAGCCCGAGACUUUUGCCAGCCUCGUCUCCGCUAUUCUUUAUGAGAAAAGGUUUGGCCCAUACUUCUGUCAGCCUGUAAUUGCUGGGCUAAGUGAUGAAGACAGACCAUUCAUCUGCACCAUGGAUUCAAUUGGGGCCAAGGAACUAGCAAAAGAUUUUGUUGUUGCUGGUACUGCAUCAGAGUCCCUUUAUGGUGCUUGUGAGGCAAUGUUCAAGCCUGAUAUGGAAGCAGAGGAGUUGUUUGAGAUUGUCUCUCAAGCAUUGUUUUCAUCAGUAGAUCGAGACUGUCUGAGUGGUUGGGGAGGCCACGUCUUUGUUGUCACACCAACUGAAGUGAAGGAGAGAAUCUUGAAGGGAAGAAUGGAUUGACCUUGCCACAUGGCUUGUAGUGAUACCUCUUACCUUUCGUUCAGGCUGCAUUUUUCCCUCGCGUUUAUGUAGCUUUGACUUGAAUGGGCAGCCAUAAGCUUUAUUGGUGAUCAAAGGCCCCUUGUUAUGUCGUGUUUAGAUUUAAUGUACUUUGACGAUUAUAGACAAUGGGGUCAUUUGUUUUAUAUUAGGUCACUUCGAGAAAAUGUUGGGAAUUCAGAUGUGCUUUUGAAGGUCAGUUGUUAUGCUCGCGAAUGUUUCUAAAGAAGUUGCACAUUUAUGCAGUUCUAUUUG